UUCUAUAUUUGUGCCUGCCCUUGUUAACCAAACCCUCGUUCUCGUCGUCUUCAUCGCCCAUUACUUUAAUUCCUCCCAAAUCUCUCCCCCCUUUGCUCAAGGAAUUCCAAAUCAAGAAUAAUGGGGGAAGAGAAGCCGAAAACUGGAGGAGUGUGGCCUGCCGUCAAGCCCUUUGUUAAUGGCGGCGCCUCUGGUAUGCUUGCGACCUGUGUCAUUCAGCCCAUUGACAUGGUCAAGGUGAGAAUACAGCUCGGCCAGGGAUCAGCUGGCGAGGUGACCAAGAACAUGCUCAAAAACGAGGGUCUUGGUGCCUUUUACAAGGGUUUGUCUGCUGGGCUUCUUCGACAAGCAACGUAUACAACUGCACGGCUUGGAUCAUUUAAGAUUUUGACAAACAAAGCCAUAGAGGCAAACGAUGGGAAGCCCCUACCCCUUUAUCAGAAGGCCAUAUGUGGAUUGACUGCCGGAGCAAUAGGGGCAUGUGUUGGUAAUCCUGCAGAUCUGGCGCUCAUUCGCAUGCAGGCCGACGCAACCCUACCUGUUGCCCAAAGGCGAAACUACACCAAUGCAUUCCAAGCCCUCUACCGUAUCGUUGCUGAUGAGGGUGUGCUUGCCCUAUGGAAAGGCGCUGGCCCGACUGUGGUGAGGGCCAUGGCUCUCAACAUGGGCAUGCUUGCUUCUUACGACCAAUCUGUGGAGUUCUGCAAGGAUUCACUCGGUCUUGGCGAGGUUGCCACCGUGCUAGGGGCAAGUUCGGUUUCGGGAUUCUUUGCUGCGGCCUGCAGCCUGCCAUUCGACUAUGUCAAAACCCAGAUACAGAAAAUGCAGCCGGAUGCUACGGGAAAGUAUCCCUACACUGGAUCACUGGACUGCGCCAUGAAAACGCUGAAAGCAGGAGGACCUUUGAAGCUGUACUCAGGAUUUCCCGUAUAUUGUGUUCGAAUUGCGCCUCAUGUCAUGAUGACAUGGAUAUUCCUGAACCAAAUCCAGAAGAUGGAGAAGUCUAUGGGAUUGUGAUCAGGAUGCUGCUAAUCUUGAAUAAUGCUUUGGUAUCUCCUUGGAGGGUUUCAUGACUUUGCAUCUUCAAACACUAAGAUUUAUUAUUAUAUCAUUACAAAGAACCAUGAACAUUUUUGGAAUUGAACUUGAACUGAGACUGAGAUUAAGAGCAGCCAGCCGCCAGCUACCAUAGAAAUUGGAUUCUUAAUUAUUAUUAUUAUUAGAUCUCAAAAAUUGAUGACUGCUUCGGCCGAAUAAUUUCAGCAGUGAUGAGUGUUCUCUAUAUGAGCAUUGUUGAUUACGUGUCUGUCUGCGAUUGGUUCAAACAGACCUAUGGCUUGUUCAAUUUGCUUUAGAGCAUGCCCAAAUUCAUUCCAUAUGUUUUUGGUCUUA